ACAAAGUAUAAUGGCGGACGCUUCGAAGGGCGAUCGGGGAUUUUCCUCUUUGCCUGACGAGAUCUGUAGCUUAAUAUUCAGCUAUUUUCAUCCACUGGACGACGAUCUUCUCAAACUAGCUUCAGUGUGCCGAAGAUGGAGAGAUAUCAUUUACAAUACUCCAAAAUUAUGGAAAAAUCUGGAAUCAACAAACAUUUUCAACACCCAACCACUUUCAACGUCUUUGUACAUUGAUCACGAAGAACAGCGUUUUUCCUUCGAAUAUGAUAUGGCUGUUAAGAUUGUUAAAAUACUACGAAGAUUUGGUCGUUUUAUUUUAAGAUUGAAAACAAAGAAUAUCCGAGAAGAGAAUCUACUGAAGGCAUCCAUUUUUAGUGCUCUUGGACACCUCAAAUCUCUUAAAUCAAUCAACGUGGAUUUACCAUGCGAGGACCGACUCUUUGCUUCUUUGUCUAAGAGUACGUCACUAGAGGAAUUUUCUGUACGUGGCGUACAAUUCACACCACAAGAACGACAAAUUACUCGAAUUUCUGAAGAUAUUGUGCUGAAAUUUGCUGAUUACUUUCCAAACUUAACUAAAGUUGAGCUCUGUGAUUGUUUUCUAUCGUUUGAGACUGUUGCUCCAGCAUUCUCAAAGCUAAAACAGCUGAGUGAAAUCAAGAUUAAGUUCCGCUUAGAGGGAGGGUGCAAUAUUCUUGGUAUUGACAGUGCCUUCAUCAAGGCUUAUCGACGUGUAGAUGUUGGGCGUUUCCUAAUGAGCCUUGCCCAAUCAGAAUUUGCCAAGAAAGUUACAGUCAUUAGCCUUGARGAUGUGUUCAUAAAUGGUGAGGAUGUCAAGAAAUUCAUGAAACUCUUUACAGGACUCAGGAAGUUCAAACUGACCACAUAUAUUGUAGACACAGAUGAUUUGUCAGCUGUUGAUAUCGAGUCAAAUUCCUUAGAAGAGCUCAAGAUCUGGGACAUGGCAAACAUAGUAUCAGUCAGUAUGGUUGUUCCUAGUGUCAAAAARCUUUUCAUCUCAGAUCUACACCUAGAUUCCCUUCAUAUCACAGCACCCUGUUUAGAGAACCUUGUCCUUGGGCCUCUUMGRUCAUUUGAUGAGCAUCUGGAUAUAYUGAGCUUAGAGAUGGGAAAUCUAGUAACAUUAGAGAUUACAGAUGUUGGUCCAAGGAACAGUAUUAAUGUUGACACCCUUUCGUUAUUGCUGAGAAAGAACCCAAGUAUAAAACACCUUAAUAUAGGAGCAUAUUUCACUGCGUCGUUGAAUUUAACUAAUGAGCUUUGUCCAAGUCUUGAAGUUCUGUGUGUCAAUGGUUCAGUUCAUAAUAUUACUACAACAUGUAACAAGCUGCAAAGGUUGGAUGUUAGCGCUGAGUGCAUUGAUCCUGACAGUACAUCUAAACAAGGAGUUUAUCUAAGGGCGCAGRUGUGUGAUGUAGCUGUUAUAUGUCAAGUGCCUAACCUUGGUGUUGUGCUUCUAGAGUGUCCUAAACUUAAUCUGGUAUUUAUAAAUGACUGCUCAUUUAUUAAUCUCUGCCCGUUAACAAAUACAAAGCCUAUCACAACAAUUAUCUUGUCACGUGGGACAAUAAUUCAGACUCUUAGUAUCGAUAAUGUGUGUUCUGUUAAGUUAUCAAUGAUGGGAGAAAACAGAAUUGGACAGUUAAAGAUAAAGAAUUGUUCUUUACAUGAUUCUUUCCCAGUCAACAUUGAUGUCAGGUCACUGGAAGUCUCAAAAUGUGAURUGAAUGAGUUGAAUCUGGAAAGUGCAUCUUUACAAGAGCUGACAAUUUCUGGAUGUAAAAAUCUAACUACAAUAUCGUUACAUUGCCCCAAUCUCUCCAGAGUAAAACUAGGAGACAAUAUAGGSAUUUUUGAAGAUGAAGAGGCAUUUUAUGAUGUGAUUGACAACAUAAAGCAAAAUUGCCCCAAUGUUGAGAUUGUAUUACAGAAUGUCCAUGAAUAGAUGUAUAGAUAUCAGUUAUCACAUAGGAAAUACACCUUUUGCUGUUCAUUUGCGCAAAAAAUGCAUUCAUUUACGUCAGGAAUAAAAACAUUAACGCCAACAGGCAGGCAAUAGCAUGAUCCAAGUUUCAAUAGUGCUAGGAAACAUUCAAUUAGACUAUUUACAUAUGAAAUGACAUUCAAUACCAUCCUCAAACAAACAAUUGCACCUUUGAACAAUCAAAUAUAAAGAAAGUACUUUUAAUCAAACGGAAUGGAAGUUCAUUAGUACCAAAAUACAAUCAAAUGCAUCGAUUGACAAUCAUGCGAGCAUUUAAGACAUUCAAUAGUAAAAUUUCCAUGUAUAAGCACAAUCAA